CGGUACUGAGAAUGCUCCCUUCGGAGACGGUGCUGCAGUCCACAGGCUCCGUUCCUCUAAAGGCAUAGCAGAAGCUGGAUUUUGUAAAAUACGCUGAGAAGCUCCUUUUUAAAACACUGCUGAGAACCUCAGAGAGAUUUUUUCCUUUGUCUUUAACUGUGUUUGCAAUUUCUUUAAAAAAGCAUGUGCACUGGAGCUUGUGCUAAGUGCUUGGGAAUCACUCUUAUUCCCCUGGCUGUGUUAUGUACCCUCGCUAACAUUUUGCUGUUCUUCCCUGGAGGAAAAGUGGUCGACAGCAAUGAACACAUUACAGAUGAGGUCUGGUACUUCGGAGGGAUCAUAGGAUCUGGUUUAUUGAUGAUCUUUCCUGCCUUGGUAUUUUUGGGCCUUAAGAAUAACGAUUGCUGUGGAUGCUGUGGUAACGAGAGCUGUGGAAAGAGGUUUGCGAUGUUUUCUUCUAUAAUAUUUGCUGCAGUUGGAGUUCUGGGAGCCGGAUACUGCUUUGCUUUGUCAGCAGUAGCCCUAAACAAAGGCCCUAAAUGUGAAAUUGGGCAACAGUGGGCCUAUCCUUUCCAGAACGGGGAUUAUCUAAGUGACCACACAAUGUGGGACUUCUGUUCAUCACCUGCAAAUAUAGUUCCUUGGCACUUGACCCUCUUUUCCUUGCUGCUAGUCAUGAGCGGGAUCCAAGCAGUGCUCUGUGGCAUUCAGGUUGUGAACGGACUCCUUGGAACAAUCUGUGGGGACUGCAAAUGCUGUGGGGGAAAUGGAGCUGUCUAAAGAAUAUGAAUAUUGCAGAAAACCCUUCUUAUCUCGGGAGACUCCCUUUCGAAACAGGUCUAAAAAGCACCCCUCACGCACCGUCUCUGGCUGAGAAGAUCAGGAUGAAGGGCACUCCCUCCGCUACCGCUGUGAGGCUCUGACUUCCCUUCUAGCCUUCCUGCAACCCCUCAUUAUGGAAUAAAAUAAGUGCCGUUCAAGUCUGACAUUCAUAUUUAUUUUUAUAAAACAGCUUCCAUUUAGAAAAGAUGGUAUUCUCAGGCAAAAUAUUCAUUUUCCCUCCUGAACUAACUUUGACUGGGGAUCACUGAAAGCUGCUGAUGCAAGCUCAGCUGUAGUGCAACUGUAUCUGCUUUCUUUGAGGUUUAUCAAAUGGAAAUACCACCUGCAAGUGAAAAUUUGUAUGAGUACAUGUUUAUGUAUAUGGAAAAGUGAGGACUGCUCUCUUCCAGACCAGCUACGAUUAAAAAGCUGUUUAUAAAGAAA